AUGCAGAUGUUCUUGCUGUGCACCGUGCUGCUCGUGCUGGAGGCGCGCGGCCUCUCCUCCUCCGGCCCGUCCGGCUGGAGCGCGCGCGGUAAGUACGCGGUGAACUGUCCGGAGCGCUGCGAUGCCGCGCGCUGCGGGGGAACGCCGGGCUGCGCGCGCACGGUGCUGGACGACUGCGGCUGCUGCAGGGUGUGCACCGCGCGCCGUGGGGAGCACUGUUACCGCACCGUGUCCGGUACCCACGGGGUGAAGUGCGGGCCCGGGCUCCACUGCCACUUCUACAAGGACGAGGACGAGUACGGGGACGAGUACGGAGUGUGCAGAGACUGCCCGUACGGAACUUUCGGGGUCGAGUGUCGGCACACGUGCAACUGUAAGGCGGGAGGACUCUGCGACAGGGAGACGGGCGCCUGUCUCACCUUCAAGUUCUUCUCCAAAAUGGCCAACACGAUAAAGACGCAGGAGGGUAACGAGGUGGCAUCAGGCGACGGCAGCAAUAACAGCAGCAGCGCCGGAGACGGACAGACAGACCGGGCGGCGGCUCCGAAGCGACUGGCACCACGCUGACACCCUAACUCCCGCCUCAUCUCCACCGGUCCACAUGUAGCAUAGUAACUUAAAAACGACAAAGAAUAUAUUUUAAUAUGUUUCAUAAAGUGUAUAAAUGUUAUCUGAGCUUUUCUAAACCGUUCUGUGUUCGUUUCUGCUUCUUGUCUCAUUUUGGAUAUACUCGGCUCCCAUGUGCACUUCUGCUGGCUCGCCGUGGGCUCAGCUCCUCCUCGACACGUGUGAUCCCGACGGUCAUACAAUAUAUGCACAAGAGUAUCGAGCUCACAGUACUGUGACAGUGUGACUGUCUAAGCACUUGAGGGUUAAGGGCCUUGCUCAAGCAACCUUCUGAUUAUCAGUCCUGUACCGUGCUGAGCUACUACUGACCCUAAUGGCAUCAAAUCCUUCUGAGAAGCUUCUCACAAGACUUUGAAGUGUGUCUGUGUGUGGGAAUUUGUGCCCAUUCAGUAGGGCAAAAGAUGACAGUGUUUGUAUGGCUGGGCGCUGAUCGAUCAGUCAAUGUUCCGGUUCAUCCCAGAGCUGUCGACUGAGAUUAUUGCUCUGUUCAGGAUGCUGAAGUUAUCAGUUAUUGUGGCUGAAACACAUUCAUUCAUUAAAAGGGCGUCCCAAUACUUUUGUCUAUUGUUUAUUAUCGUAUGAUUUUUAUUUUCCACUUUUAUCCUCUGUUAAAUAAAAUCUCUGUAUGUUUAUUGAUCUGAUGCACUGAUUUC